UUAAGACUGGUUUUGUGGUGCAGGGUCAUAUAUGUGUUCAUCUGUCGUCUAUGUAGAAACAAAUGUAAACAAGUUUAAGCCUUUAUUUACCCCCCACUUUGUCAAUACAGUGCCCUUACGAUAUGAUUUUCUUAAGUCUUUCCAUUUAUUGAAUGAUGAAACCAUGAAUGAGAGAAACGAAACUAUAUUGUACCAUCCAGGAAAUGAAACCUACCACCAGAGUAAACAACAGGUGUAGGACUCACCUUACAAGAAACAGCAUCACGCUGGGACUAGUUCAUAACGAGUGCACAGCGUCUGACAUUUUGCCGUGUUGUGAAAAGAAGGAUUUCUCUGUUAUUUUGACGUUAUUUAAAGAUGGAGAAAAUGAGUUACACGUUCAGUCAGCAAUAUGAGGAAAAAAUCCGUCCGUGCAUCGACACUAUCGACAAUUUACGGUCUCUGGGAGUCGAGAAGGACCUGGCGCUGCCUGCCAUCGCUGUCAUUGGAGACCAAAGCUCAGGAAAGAGUUCAGUUCUGGAGGCGCUGUCCGGAGUAGCGUUACCAAGGGGUAGUGGAAUUGUUACAAGAUGCCCUCUUGAGCUCAAAAUGAUAAGAACUAAAGAUGAAGAGAAAUGGCAUGGGAGAAUCAGCUACCAGGACAAAGAGGAAGAAAUAGAUGACCCAGCAGAAGUGGAGAAAAAGAUUCGUGAAGCCCAGGAUGAGAUGGCUGGAGUAGGUGUUGGUAUUAGUGAUGAACUCAUCAGUCUGCAGAUCACCUCUGCCAAUGUUCCUGACCUCACUCUCAUUGACCUCCCUGGUAUCGCACGAGUGGCAGUCAAGGGGCAACCUGAGAAUAUUGGAGAUCAGAUUAAGAGACUGAUCAGGAAGUUUGUUACGAAGCAAGAAACAAUCAACCUGGUUGUGGUGCCAUGCAAUGUUGACAUCGCAACCACAGAAGCGUUACAGAUGGCUCAGGGGGAGGACCCUGAGGGAGAAAGAACAUUAGGCAUCUUAACAAAGCCGGAUCUGGUGGACAAGGGCACUGAAGGGACAGUCGUAGACAUUGUGCACAAUGAGGUCAUUCACCUUACUAAAGGCUACAUGAUUGUGAGGUGCAGGGGACAAAAAGAGAUUUUAGAUCAUGUCACUCUUAAUGAGGCCACAGAAACAGAGAAGGCCUUCUUCAAAGACCAUUCUCAUUUCAGCAAACUCUAUGAAGAAGGUUUUGCCACUAUUCCCAUCUUAGCUGAGAAACUAACAAUUGAGCUGGUUCAUCACAUUCAGAAAUCUCUGCCUCGUUUAGAAGAGCAAAUCGAGGCGAAGCUUGCUGAAACACAGAAGGAACUGGAGGCAUACGGCGAUGGACCCCCAACAGACCCUGGAGAAAGACUGAGAUUUCUUAUUGAUAAAGUUACAGCUUUCACUCAAGAUUUGUUCAGCCUGACCACUGGGGAAGAGGUUAAAUGUGCUUCAGAUCUACUGAUUUUUCCAGAAUUUCGUCGAGAAUUUGCAAAAUGGAAUAGCUUCUUGGUUUAUUCAGGAGUUUCCUUUAACAGGAAGAUUGCGGAAGAAGUUGAAAGCUAUGAAGCUAAGUAUCGGGGAAGAGAGCUUCCAGGAUUCAUCAAUUAUAAGACCUUUGAAGGGCUUGUCAGGGCACAAAUCAAGCUUUUGGAGGAACCUGCAUUAAAGACACUGAAGACCAUCUCUGAUGUAGUAAGAAGGAAGUUCAUCCAGAUGGCCCAGUGCAGCUUCACUGGAUUCCCUAAUCUUCUGAAAAUAGCAAAGACUAAGAUUGAAGCCAUCAAGCAGGAUAAAGAAUCCUUGGCAGAAUCCAUGCUGAAGACCCAAUUCAAGAUGGAGCUCAUUGUUUACAGUCAAGAUGGCACAUACAGCCAGAGUCUGCAACAUGCAAAGGAUAAGCUGAAGAAGGAAGAUGAUGAUGAUGAAUAUGAGGAAGAUGAAUGGUCCCAAAGGUUUCAAUUUGUGGGUGUAGACAUUUGCACAGGUGGCCAUGCCACCUUGCGUGAGCUGAGGUUGCACCUUGAGUCCUACUACAUGAUUGCAAGCAAGCGUCUAGCUGACCAGAUCCCAAUGGUGAUCCGCUAUCUGCUGCUCCAGGAAGCAGCUUUGGAGCUCCAAAGGAACAUGUUGCAGUUGCUGCAAAAUAAAGAUGAUGCAGACAACCUGCUUAAAGAAGACUUUGACAUUGGCCUAAAGCGGGAGAGCUUACUGAGUCGCCAGAAACGUCUCAUGAAAGCACGCAGCCUCUUGCUUACCUUUUAGAAUCACUUUGUUUAAUCGAAUCCAAAUAUUAUGAUCAAUGCAAGUUAUGCAAUAAAAUCAUACGCUGGUAGUGAACAACAUUGGCAGCAAAGAAUGUAAACAUUCAUGCUGGUGAAUGGUUUUAUUUGAGAUAGCAAUUGAGUACUUAUGAAUAGGCUGUAUUUUUUUCAAGUCCUUUAAUAAUAUACUGUAUCUAUUCCUGAAAUUACUUUUUUAACCUUAAGACCCUCCUUAUGUAAUAAUAAUGCCCUUGUUCAACGUCAAUAAAGUGUACUUCUUUUGGGUCUAUAGUGCAGGACAUUGUAGUAUCUUUAAAAAAAAUAAAUAAACACAUGACACAUCAAAGUUCCA